AUGGCUGCACGUACGUCAAUCGAGGAUUUUCAGGACCUUAUCAAGUCCAGCAACCGCAUCCUCGCCCUCUGCGGAGCUGGUCUGUCAGCAGCCUCCGGCCUGCCUACGUUCCGAGGGGCAGGCGGAUUAUGGAGAAACCACGAGCCUACUUCCCUAGCCACGCCCGAGGCUUUCGAAGAGGAUCCCUCACUGGUCUGGCUCUUCUACGCUUGGAGGCGACAUAUGUGUCUUAAGGCACAGCCCAACGAGGGUCACUACGCCCUUGCAGAGUUGGCAAGAAAAAAGGAGAAUUUCGUUUGCCUGACGCAGAACGUCGACGACCGCCUACACCUCCUCCACGGGAGCAUACUGGAUCUGAAGUGCUUCGAUGGCUGCACAUAUAUCGAGAAAGACAACCUCUCCGACCCCCUCUGUCCCGCCUUAGAGGCAGCAUCCGCGGUGAACACGGCACCAGACAAGUCCGGCAAAUUGCCCCUGCUUGACCCCAAGGUGCCAGUGCCCAAGAUCGACGUCAAGGACUUGCCUCACUGCCCGAAGUGCAAAGAUAAGUAUUUACGCCCGGGCGUCGUCUGGUUUGGCGAGUCACUAGAUGAGAAGAUGCUGGACCAAACAGAUGAAUGGAUCGACUCGGCUCCUGUUGACCUGAUGUUGGUUAUUGGUACUGCAGCUGUGGUGUACCCGGCAGCAGGCUACACCCAGAAGGCCAAGAGGAAGGGUGCUGUUGUGGCGGUGAUCAAUCCUGAUCCAGGUGCUUGCGCGGGACUGGGAUCCAAGGACUUCUUCUUCCAGGGUGAUGCGGCCGAGAUUCUUCCCAAGCUGUUUGCCAAGGUUAUUUGA